UUUAAAUCAUAUCAAACCCCAAUCUCUUCUUUGGGUCUCUUUCUGUAAAUUUCGAUCUGGCGAAGGAAUGAUAUCUUCUCUCCUCUCCGAUUUGGGGAUUUGAUAUAUUGUUAAAGAAUCCGCCAUGAUAGUGGCUACGUUGCAAAAGCAGCAGCAACAGAAUAAACAUGCGGUUGCAGCGACAGCUACGGCGGGGGCUACAAAUACAUCGGCCGAAGAAGAGACCUUGAAGAGGAACACAGAUUGCGUUUACUUUCUUGCCUCACCUUUAACCUGCAAAAAGGGAAGUGAAUGCGAAUAUCGCCAUAGCGAAUAUGCUCGGAUUAACCCAAGGGAUUGUUAUUACUGGCUGAAUGGUAAUUGCAUGAACCAGAACUGCGGAUUUCGGCAUCCUCCCCUUGAUGGUUUCCUGGGAACCCAAGUAGCAGCUCCAGCUGCUUCUUCCAUGCCUUCGUCACAUAUCUCUGUGACACCAACGCCAACUGCUUAUAACCAGGGUGUUUCUUACAAUCCCAGAAAACAAGCAGUGCCAUGUGUUUUCUUCCAAAAGGGGCUUUGCUUAAAAGGUGACUGGUGUGCUUUUCUGCAUGGUCCAAGUACGAGUAAUAAAUCCCCUCAGCCACCAGCUGCAAAUAUCACUGCUACCGAACCUAAUUCUUAUCAGAAGACUUUUGGUGCUGCUGAAUCAUCUCAGUUGCACAAGUUUCUCCCAACUAAUGUUUCAAAGACAGUUGGAGUACAUCCUGAAGGUAAACCUGCCCCGAAAGUUGGAGCUGCUUCGACUAGGAAUGAUACUACUGUUGGGAGAAGUGUGCCACAUCCGUCCGGCAUGGAUGAGGAACUUCCUCAACGUAAAGGAACAUACACUACCUCAGUUGUAAAUGGUAGUGCCAUGGGUCGUUCCAAUCGCUUGCAUCAACUCCAUGUUUCAGAUGAACCGAGUUGUCAUGAUGGUAAGGAGACUGACGAAUUUUUGAGGGAGUCCUCUCCUGGUUUUGAUGUUAUUGUGGAUGAUGAACAUGGAGAUUCUGAUUUCUACCACAGUGAAGAGAGAUAUGGAGGUGCAAGAGGACAUGCGGGAAGGAAUGUGAAUGAGUAUGACAUUGGUCAUGCUACUAAUUAUGAUGCCAUAGUUGAUGUUGACCGAGAUAUGUUUCUUGAUGGGCCUGGCUAUGAUUCAUUGGACCAUGUGCAAGGGAACUAUGGAUGGAACCAACGGAGAGCUUCAUCUGAGAGGAUAUCUCUGGGACCUUCCACUCUUGAAAGAAGAGGCUACACCAGAGUUCAUAGUCCUGAUCGUGUUGAGGAGUCAGACCUAAGGCAUCGAUUAUCUAAGCAUAGGCGGGUUAAUGGCCUGAGGUCUGUUUUCAAUCAGGAUCAUGCCCUAGAAAACCAUGAAAGGGAGGAAAAUUACUGUGAUUCUCUCAGAGACACACAUCAUUUUAGUAGUCGUCUUCGGGGUAGAAUAAAGCUUCCAGGAAGAUCUUUAGGUAAUGGGACUGACUCAUGUUCUGAAAGACGGAUAGAAAGGGAGCGAAACUGUGGUCGACUCUCACCAGGAAAGCCACAUACUACCUCCCGCCAGGGGAGGCUUCGUGACAGGAUAAAAGUAAGGGUGGAAGGGGAAUACAACAAUAAAGAUGGUCGAAGGUUUGGGGGUUCAAGAAUAGGACGAGAAAUAAUGGAUGAGAUGAAUGCUGAUUUUGCUGGUCCAAAACGGCUUGCAGAGCUGAAAGUUUGUAAGAAUACUGAUAAUGAACUCCUUUCUCUUGGAAAGAGGAAGAGCAUAGAGGGUCGUCAACAAACCGAAGGUGAUAUUUCAUUUGAUGGCCCAAAGUCUCUUAGAGAGAUUCUGAAGAGAAAGAGGCAAUCUGAACCUACAGCUUCUGGAAGUGGAAUAGCAUCGGUACACAAAGAUGUUAACCAGAAACAAAGCAAAGAAAGCUUGAAUGGCAGCUCCACUAACACAGUAGUUUCAUUGACACUGGAGGAGGCCAACAGAAAGGAUCAAUCCAAGUCUACAUCUGCAGACAUUGGCACUGCAGAAGCUGCUCAUGGCAAAUCUCCUCAACUAAACAUACACAAGCUUGAGAAUGAGGACGGGACAAUUGGGGACGUGACAACAGAAAAUCACAAUCAUGAUGCAGAUGACCAGGGGGAUGAAGGCGAGUAUAAUUAUGAGGAGGGUGAUGAAGGGGAGUAUAACUACGAGGGUGAAAAUGCAGACCCCGAAGAGGAAUACAUAGAGGAGGAAGACGGCGAGGACUUUGAAAAGAAGCUCGGUGUCAUGUAUUUGUGAGCAGUGGGGAAAUAUGGAGAUGGUGAGAUAAACUACUUGCAGCAUUUCCAUCUGAUGAAGUAAGGUAGAUAAUAUUGGAAUCUUCAUUGUAGAAGUAGGGGUCAGUAAGUUUUGUUAUGUUCUCAUUAUAUUUAUGGGGGAUGAUGAUUCAUAUGUUUUUGAGGCCUUUUAAUGUGCCUAGCAGUUGAA